AUGUCCGCUGAAUCUACUGUCAAGGCUUCCAACUGGAGACUAGUUGAGGUUGGCCGCGUUGUGUUGGUCAAGAAGGGCCCAUCUGCCGGUAAGUUGGCAGCUAUCGUUGAGAUCAUUGACAACAAGAGAGCCCUUGUCGAUGGCCCAGAGACCGGUGUUCCACGCCAGGCCGUGAGCUUGGGUCACGUUGUCUUGACUCCUUUGGUCUUUGCUCUUCCAAGAGGCGCUAGAACCUCCACCGUCUCCAAGAAGUGGGCUGCUGCUGGCGUUAACGACAAGUGGGCUGCUUCUUCCUGGGCUAAGAAGAUCGCCCAGCGUGAGAGACGCGCUGCUUUGUCGGACUUCGAGAGAUUCCAGGUGAUGGUUUUGAAAAAGCGGAGAGGAUUCGUUCUCAAGAGAGAGGUGGCCACCGCCGUGAAGGUGGCGGCUUCAGCGGAAUGA